UUUUGUAUAAAUAGAACGGCUUGAAGACAGUGGAUUAUGCAAAUUAGUUCACAUUGGCAUCGUCGCGCCAAAUUUACAGAGUUCAGAUUCAGAUCGUUGAGCUGGUGGCGAUGGCUCUCCGAUUCAAUUCCGAUGAUGCGACUGGCUAUAAGCUAUUGCUCUGUUUAGCUCUCAUGUAUGGCCUUAUGUCGAUGCUGGUUCACUCCAUUGUUCACAUGAAGUUUGUCAAGCCGCUCGCAAUUGAUGCGCCUCUUCAUCGAUUCUCUGAAGCCAGAGCGGUGGAGCAUGUAAGAGUUUUGUCUCAAGAGAUCGACGGUCGUCAGGAGGGUCGUCCUGGUUUUAGAGAAGCUGCUCGAUAUAUAAAAGGGCAGUUGGAGAUGAUGAAGGAGCGUGCUAGUGAUAAAUUCCGAAUCGAGAUCGAGGAGACAGUUGUUGAUGGUUCCUUUAAUAUGAUGUUUCUGGGCCACAGCAUAUCACUGGGAUAUCGAAACCACACUAAUAUCUUAAUGAGGAUUUCAUCAGUGGACUCGCUAGACACCGACCCAUCAGUUCUAAUAAAUGGUCAUUUUGAUAGUCCACUUGGUUCGCCGGGUGCCGGUGAUUGUGGCUCAUGUGUUGCAUCAAUGCUAGAAGUUGGCAGACUUAUUGUAGACUCUGGAUGGAUUCCUCCUCGUCCUGUUAUUUUUCUUUUCAAUGGUGCAGAAGAGCUGUUUAUGUUGGGUGCACAUGGAUUUAUGGAGAAACAUAGGUGGCGUGAUACAAUUGGAGCUUUUGUAAAUGUCGAAGCAUCUGGUACUGGAGGUUUAGAUUUAGUUUGUCAAUCUGGACCUGGCUCAUGGCCUUCACGUAUUUAUGCUCAGUCUGCUGUGUACCCCAUGGCACACAGUGCUGCUCAGGAUGUGUUUCCAGUUAUUCCAGGAGAUACAGAUUAUAGGAUGUUUUCUGAGGAUUACGGCAACAUACCUGGCCUAGAUAUUAUCUUUAUUUUGGGUGGUUACUUUUACCAUACCUCAUAUGAUACAGUGGAGAGACUAUUACCUGGAAGCAUCCAAGCACGAGGAGACAAUUUGUUCAGCUUAAUAAAGGGCUUUGCCAAUUCUUCGAUGCUUCAAAAUUUUAAUAAGCAAGCAUCUCCUGAAAUUACUAUCCAUCAGGACAAAGACGAUGGGGCUAUUUUCUUUGAUUACCUCUCAUGGUUUAUGGUCUUUUAUUCUAGAAGGCUUGCUCUGGUACUUCACAAAAUUCCAAUAGCCGUCUUCCUAGUAAUGCCAUUCCUUUUGAACUUGCGGGAGUUUAGCAUGACUUCAUGUUUGGCAACAUUUUCUGAUUUGACAAAAGGAUUUUUAUUUCAUGCCUUGGGGUUUCUUCUUGCUAUUGUUUCUCCAAUUAUGUUUUCCAUCAUAAGAUUGCUAUUCACCAACUAUUCCAUGAACUGGUUUUCACGUCCAUACUUGGCUUAUCUGAUGUUCAUCCCCUGCUCACUAGUUGGUCUUCUGAUUCCAAGAACUAUUUGGAGUUGCUUUCCUCUCUCCCAAGAUGUUUCGGUUCUUCAAACCUCAAGAGAGGCAGUGUCUGAUGAAGCAAGGUUUUGGGGCGCAUUUGGAUUCUUUUCCAGUUUGACAAUGGCAUAUCUUUUAGCAGGGCUUAGUGGUGGCUUCUUGACCUUCUUCACGUGCAUUUCUAUGCUUGCUGCCUGGUUGUCAUUUUCCGUGGCAGCCAAAUAUUAUGGCCACAGGUCUCUCAGGUCAAUAUUGUUUUAUGUGAUACCCAUGGUUCCAUACCUUGCAUACUCUGUGUAUUUUGGAGGCUUCCUUGCCCAAUUUUUAAUUGAGAAGACGGGCAUGAUGGGCUCCAUUCCACCUCCGUAUGGGUAUUUCAUUCCAGAUAUUGUAGUGGCGGCUACUAUUGGAGUUGUAACUAGUGUGUGCGUUGGUCCUCUAAUUCCAGUUUGUGGACACUGGUUAGCUAGGUCAUCCAUCUUGCAAUUCUUGUUGCAGCUUAUUGUAAUUGGGUUGGCUGUUUCCUCGCAAUUCUUUCCAUAUAGUAUGGCUGCUCCGAAGAGGGUAGUUCUUCAGCAAACUUAUCUUACUUCAGGUCCAAAUCAUCUUGAGAACUCCAGUUAUGAAAUCUCUGUGGUGGAUUCUAAUUCUCUAAUCUUUCUUUUCAAACAUGCUCCUGAUGUGGCGAAGGAAUUGCAGACUGAUUUAGAUCUGUCUUUUGAAACUGCAAAUUUGUCUCGCCAAGAGAACUGGCUGGCACUUUUUCCUGUUUCCUUCUUGUUCACAAGAAGUUUGAAGUUCCCUGCCAAAGAAUCAACUGCAGAGCAAGGUUUAUAUUUCCCUUAUUUGAUUGCCAGUAAGCCACAAACAAUUUCGGAUAAUGGAUCUCGAAGGGUUUACUUGGAACUUUCUCUAGGUUCCUUGGAGGAGAUUUGGGUCACAGUUCUAAACAUCACUGGGCCUUUAUCAAGUUGGUCAUUUGCAGACAAUAAGCUUCCAGCACCCGAGACGCUCAACGGUGGGCCACCCUCGUACAUAUGUAGACUUAGCGGAGCCAGCCACAGAAACUGGACAUUUUGGCUAGAGGCUAACAAUGACGAAGAAUUGAGAAUCAACGUCGCAGUACUGGAUCAACAGUUGACAAGUGAAGUAAAGAAGCUGAAAAGUCUUUUCCCAGAAUGGGUUGAUGUCAUUGCAUAUUCCAGCUUCAUGUCUGCUUACACCUUCUGAUUCAUCAUCCUCGCCCGGGUACGCUAUGGAUCCACAAGAGUUUGGCUGAUCGAAUCGGGUUCAGGUUCAGGUUUAACUUAUUUGAUGUUUGUUUCUCCACAAUAGCAGUCCUUCCACCCCUCCAUCCAACCAGGCUCAUAGGAAAAUAUUUUAGAGCUUGAUUAGUUUGAUUGUAGGAUAGCUGUGAUAGUCUGUUUUCUUUAGUAAUGAGAACUGUUUCUCCAUAUGGAUUUGAAAACUUUAGAUACUUCUAAUGUUCCAGUGUUUGAAGCAAGGAUGGGAUGUUGAUUUCUUAACUAAUUCAACUAUAUUUUAUUUGUAGUGUUAA